AUGACCUGCCUAGGGCCCGGAUAUGUACUCGCUGGGGCGAAGGUGAAUGACAUCUGGAUCGUGCUCGGCCAGCGGUGCCAAGUCACGCCGAUGCUGGGCAUUAUUUCGUGUGAUGACACGGGCAAAUGGCAACUAAGGGAUUGGCGGACGGGCAAGCUUCGGGAUGCGACAGGAUACGCGUGCACUCAAGCCGGCCCGAUGUGC